AUGCUGGGGGCCUGCCGGGAGGACUGCACCCUGAACGGCACCGACGUGCCCGUGGACCUCUGCGCCGGCGGGUCGGACGUCCAGGCGGUGCUGGACGGCAGCCCCGCGCCGCCGAGCCCGGAGGCGGACGCGGUGGACGCCUCGCUGUGCAGCGUCGCUGACGACUGCAGCUCCACGGAGUACUGCAGUUUCUCGGAGACCGCGGCGCAGUGCACCUGCAGCGCCUCCACCGGCCGGGACUUGUGCGUCUCCAGGGGGAAGUGCACGGACUGGUGCGACCAGUACGCGGCCCAGCUGGAGGAGUUCAACAGCAGGUUCACGGCCUGCUCCGCGGACGGCGACUGCGGCGACGGGGAGACGUGCAACCUCGGACUGGCGUCCAGCUGCCAGACCAUGACCUGCAGCGCGGGCACGGGCGUGGCCAUCGAGUCGUGCGACGGCAUCUGCGUGCCGGCCAACAGGAACAUGGCCUCCGCGAAGUUCGGCGACAGCGGCAGCACCAUAGAAGUCACGCUCAACUUCGCGGCGUUGUCCACCGGUUUCGCGUGUUCCGACGCCUUCGACGCCGCCACGGUGACCUCCCUGGGGGCCGCCUUCUGCUUCGUCAGCGGAAAGACGCUCACGGUGAUGCUGCGCGGCGGCGCCGACAUCGUGGCCGGCGACACCCUUACGCUGGGCGACGGCCAGACCCGCCUGGUGGACAUACUGCCGCAGGCCAACCCGUUCACGGGAGGCGUCACGCUCAGCAACUGCGACAACUGCGUAACGCCCAUUGUGGCGUGCGUUUACUCUCCGGUGAUGUCGGCUGGAUGCGGAAGCAGUAUUCCAGAUGCGGUAUUUGACGCUACGUACUCCCUGGACACUGCCGGAAGGAGCCUGACGUUUGGCUGGAGUCUGGACACGAGCAGUUGCUACGCCACAACCGCGGAUCCCACUACAUUCACCACGCACUCCGACUGCGACGGUCUCAAGACUCUUCUGGAGGCAGAGCAAACGGGCACUUUCGUCCUCGCCGGGUCCGAUAUUGAUGCGCUCACACCUGGGACCUACAAAUUCACAGUGACAGCCACGAACUUCCUCGGCCAGGACGCGCCUCUGGAUGUGCAGGUGUUGCGCGCCAGUUCCCCCGUCCCCAUGGUCAGCAUUGUGGGGGACUCGGUGCAAAGAUUCAUGCUGUCCAGGGGCACCAAGGUGUCCGCCUUCAUCGACACAACUUCCGUGUGCGACGGCUACAAGGUGGACUACAAGUGGGUCUCCAUCGACUCGCCCCUCUGGAGCGCCAUUCCUGCGGAUGGCGUGCCUUCCAAGGACUUGCUGCUGAAGCCUCCGAUCGCGGGCCAGGCGGAGUACCCCUACAAGCUGAGGAUGACCGCCGACCUCAAGAACGCGAAUGGCGAGGUCCAGGGGUCCUCCAGCACGGAAGUCACCCUGAGGCCCUUCGGGUCUGACGUGCGCGCCUACUGUGAGGGCCCCGCUGGAGACGUGCUCCUUGAUGGCGACAUCACCCUGGACGCCUCCAAAUCCCUGGACCCCGACGACCCCUUCAACCAGGUGCAGAGUUUCGCGUACGAGUGGAGCUGCUCUUUGGAGGACGGCAGCCCGUGCUUCUCUGGGAAGACGGGCCCCAAGUCGGCGACGGGAACGACAGUGGUGCUGGGACCAGAUUCCCUCACCGCCAACGUCAGAAAGUACCACCUGUACACAGUGACAGUGUCGAAGAAGGAGCAGGGUCCCGAGGACGGCGAUCCAGUCGUGGUGCGCAAAGCCAGCGCCAUGUGCAUUUUCCGACCCCAGGACGCCUCCAGCCCCAUGCCCACAGGGAAGGCAGUGAUGGACUGCGGCGACCUGCCCUGCCCUGCGCGCGUCAACCCCACGGAGAUUGUGGUGCUGAAGGUGACGGACCUGAAGUACGCGGAUACAACUGUCUCGUGGUCCAGCUCUGCAAUAAACGACCUGUCUUCCAUGACCGUCGGAGGCGUCAACAAUGCCGUGUUGUUCAUCAAGCCCGACAUGCUUGAAGGCGGUGCGGAAUACCAGUUCGUCGCCACACUCUCCAGGGGCGGGGAGCAGGGAGAGACGGUCGUACCUUUUGCCACCAACGCGGCGCCGUUCUGCGGAAGGGCGGACGGCCAAUGCUUCACCCUGUCGGUGGACGAUCCCUGCGAGUUCCCAACGUGCCAGGUCGUCGCGACCGCCAAGGAGUUCGCAGACGAUCAGCCCGGCAUGGUAUACGAGUUCUACUGGCUAUCCAACACUGGUUUCGAAGUGGACACGGCGCAGCUGGACGCUGCAGCAGAGGAGAUGCAGAAGGCCAUAGACUCGGGCUGCACCACGUGCGUCAUGAAGGGGGCGCUGAAAACCGUGUUCUUCCUGAGAUACGCCGGGAACGGCAGGCGCAGGAGCCUCCUGCAGGCCGUCUCCAAUGAAGUGGUGAUAGCAACAACGGGGGAGACGGCCCAACAGGUGCUGGAUCAGAUUCCGGCCACCGCGGAGGAGAUCGACCUGGACAGCUACAAGUCGUCGCAGGGCGUGCUGGCGGGGAUAGCCAGGGAUGGCAACCUCGCCGGCAAUAUGACCGAGAAGGUCCUGGCCGCAGUGAAGGUUGGACUGACGGCCCAGGACUACGCGUCCUCUCCCGCCACGCCGUCGCAGGCUCAGGAGGUCGUCGACAUCGUGGCCGACGCGCUUGCCAAACACAGCAGGGGGGAGGGCGCGCUGAGCAGCGCGAUGUUCUACCAGCUGAUGAAGGACAACGUCGCGCUCAUCUCCAAACUGGCUUGCCUGACGGCGACGGCCGGCUCCGGAGCCGUCAGCACGAGCUCGAUGGAGACCGAUGCCGUCAAGCUGAUCGGCAUGACGUGCGCGAAGGAGGCGCCGGCGACCAUGGUGGGCAUGACCUUCUCUGCCGGGGUGGCGAGCGAGGCCUCGGCGGCUCGGCGGAGGCUGCUCGAGGGGGCCGCUGUCCCCAAGGUGACCGUCCCCGAGGGUUUCCACCCCGACUGUGGCGACGGUUGCCCAGACACCGCGACGUUGUCGCUGGAGUUCUACGAAGACCCUGCGGCCCACUUGAACCUCACAGGGGCCCCCAUCGCGCCCGUGGGCGCGACCAACCUCGAAAUACUGACGGGCGUGCUGUCCAUGUGGAUGACGGGGAACGGGGCGACGGAGCUGUGCCCGCGGGGAGAGUGCAACAUGACCGCGAGGAUACCCGUGGACGCGUCGCUGUACGACCUGUCCAAGACCACGGAGUGCAUGCUGAUCGAGGACGGAAGGCUGGUGGGACUGGCUGGGGGCAGCAUAAAGUUCGCUGGGUACGAGGGGACGUACGCGGCCUGCAACACAACCAAACUCGGUGAAAUGCUGGUGGUGCAGUACACGGAGCCAGAGCCGGAACCAGAGCCGGAGCCCAUACCGUUGCCGGAGCCGGAGCCCGUCCCUGAGCCGCCGCCAACAGGGGAAAAUGAGACGUCGACCCCCCCGCCAACCGACAAUGGAACUCAACCAGCGCCCCCUACCAACCAGGUCCGCGUGGAGCUGACAUUCGAUGGCGCGCUGGCCGAGCUUGAAAAUGACGCCGAGUUCAGAAACGGCAUCGUGAGGCAGAUACGGACGUACGCCACCCCCGAAGGCGGCACGCCGCCCAGUGUCACCAUUAUCGGCAUGCGGUCGGGAUCGGUCAUCGUGGACGUCGCCAUUGAAUUUGCGCAAUCCAGCAGCAACCGCGACAUAGUGGAAUUCGUGGACACCCUGGAGAACGACGCGGGUGCUGUUUUCACUGACACGGCGUUCACAAACGCGUAUGGAAUGCCCACGGUGGAGAUCACGGACACCGACAACAUUACCAUGCCUCCGCCGCCCGCGCCCAAGGAAGAAGACGACGGGGGCGGUGUGAACAUUGGCGUCGUCGCGGGUGCGACCAUCGGAGGGGUGGUGGGGCUGGCGGCCAUCAUCGUUGGAAUUUGGAUGUGCUGCAGAAAAGCGAGAUAUUCUCAGCAGCCCUCGGGAGGGGGAUAUGAACCAGCAUGA